AUGGCGUGCGCGAUUCCUAGCGUUCUGGUUGUAGUGGCGUUGGUGCUGGGUUCUGCCCGCGCCGAUGAGCAAUGCGACCAGGACAGUUUGUUGGCCCUCAGCCAUCGCAAGCGGGCUUCGAUCACUGAGAACAGAAGCGGUACGACCUGCGGCAACACGGGGCAGACGUGCGAGUCUUGCCAGGUGUGUGUAGGCGGCAUGAAGAGCUACGCUUGCGCGGGCUCGUGUGCAGGCAAUGAUGCGUGCGGGCCUGGGGAUCCUCCGAAUUCUUGUCCAACGUGCGCUGACAGGGUACAGACUCUCGUCAACAACGGCAUGGGAGUGCAGGAUGCCAUGUCGUCGGUAGGCCAGAACUACGGGUGGACCGAGCCAGGGUGCGGAUGCUUGUCUUCUCCGCCAGAGAGCUGCUAUUGUGGCAAUACGGGCACACAGUGUUCCGCCUCCGAAACGUGUGUGGGCAGCAUGCAUUCAUACGCUUGUGCAGGGUCUUGUGCCACCGGCGAAGCGUGCGGCCCGGGAGACUCAGUGGGUUCUUGCCCCACGUGCGCCGACAGAGUCAAGACGCUCACCGACAAUCUAUUUCUUGCGUCUGAGGCCAUGGACAGUGUGGCUUGCUCGUACGACAGUUGUCGGUGCAUGAAGGACUUCUGUGGCAAUUCGGGCACGCAGUGCUGCGGCGGUGAGGUAUGCGUGGGUGGCAUGAAAUCGUACGCGUGCGCGGGCUCCUGCGCCACCAACGAAGCGUGCGGGCCUGGGGACAGCUCGGGUUCUUGCCCGACGUGCGCCGACAGGGUGCAGACUCUCGUCAGCAACGGCAUGGGAGUGCAGGAUGCCAUGUCGUCGGUAGGCCAGAACUACGGGUGGACUGAGCCAGGAUGCUCGUGCAUGAGGUGA